UCUCUCUCUGUGGGAUCUGGGAAUUGAAGAAUAACACCUCAGCGAGGCACUCCCAAAAGAUACUCCGGCGGAAUCGAAGAUAGACAAUCUUUUUAAACCGCGAAGUGAUAUAUGUAUACAAAGACAACAACAGUCCCGGAUACCAUAGGAUGAGGGCAAGGCAGAAGGAUGCUGGAGUACUUGCUCCACUCCUACCUGAGACCCAGUCACCGGAAGAUCAAAGGUUUGAGGAUGCAUCAAUUUCUGGCGCAAUAUUCAACAUGUCCACCGGAAUGAUUGGUGCUGGGAUUAUGUCAAUCCCGGCAACUUUCAAGGUCUUAGGCAUAAUUCCUGGUUUCCUUGUCAUCCUAGUUGUUGCUUUCUUUGUGGAAGUCACAGUUGAGUUUCUCUUAAGAUACACACGCUCAGGUGAGUCAAGUACCUAUGCUGGUCUGAUGGCAGAGUCAUUUGGAAAGUUUGGAUCAGUUGGACUUCAAAUUUGUGUCAUGAUCACCAACCUGGGUGCUCUAAUUAUAUAUCUGAUAAUAAUUGGAGAUGUUCUCUCAGGGAAUCAAUCUGAUGGAUCCGUGCACCUGGGCAUUCUACAAGAAUGGUUUGGAAUCCACCGGUGGAACUCCCGUGCAUAUUCACUCCUUUUUGUUGUGCUCUUUGUUAUGCUUCCAUUGCUUUUGUUACGGCGUGUAGAUUCAUUAAGACAUGCUUCAGCAAUAUCUAUUCUCCUGGCAGUGGUGUUUGUCGUUAUAUGCUCAGGGAUGGCGUUAUAUGCAAUGUGGGAAGGGAAAACACAAAGAUUAAGACUAGUGCCUGAUUUUGCCAAUGGAGUCUCUUUCUUUGAUCUUUUCACUACCAUUCCAGUCUUUGCAACGGGAUUUGGAUGCCAUGUAAAUGGUUUCAUAUAUGCAGCAGCAAUAGCCAUCCCGAAUAUCUGGUACUUCUUUCAGUUCAUGGGGACUACCACAGUCGUGUGCCUCAUGUUCAUAUUCCCGAGCUCUAUCAUUCUCAGGGAUGUUCAUCGUAUAUCUACAACUAGAGAUAAGUUUAUGGCAAUAUUGGUGAUCAUUUUGGCCGUAGGGACGAGUGUAGUUGCCAUUUUCUCCAACAUAUACAGUUACAUUGACAAGAAUGAUCAGGUUUUGUGACCAUACUGGGGAUCAUGAUAGUUUGAGGGUAAGCUUAAUAACACCCACUACGUAUCUUGGUGGAAUUCAAAAGUUGCAGGUGGCAUCAUAUGGAAUGGAAGUGAUUCAAGAACAAAUGGGGAAAAUUUAAGUUGGAGAGAUACAAGUUGUUAGCGUUGUAGAUGCCAGGCGAUUGAAUACAUUGUUCGACUUUUGUAAUUUUUAAUGCUCUGAAUUAUAUGAAAAUGGG